UACCCUUCGGCCGUCCGUCAUCAUCCCUCGACGCCCCACGCCGAUCUUCUCCCAAUAACACGAAUCUCACCCCUAAUCGCUUGUUAAUUGCGGAAAAUGCGAUCAAGGUGAUAGGAAGGGGAAACUGAAUCGCCCCUCUCUGACACGGGAUUAUAGUAAUGCCUCAAGUUUUACAGUGAAAGUUAGUAUUCCUCUUGUCCAGGCACGCUCAACACUCUCCUGUCCACAUCAUGCCCACGCAGCUUCUGCAUCUCUGCUGGGUCUUUGUCCUGAUCGCCGGUCUGGAAGGAUCACCUCCAUGCUCGCAGUACGGCUGUCAACAGCAACCGGCAUUUAAACCAUAUUUCCCGCCGCGUCAGCCGAACUAUGUUCCAGCACCACCUGGCAUGACACCGCCUUGCGCCAAAAGUGGCAAAACCUAUUGCGUCGACGUCGACGAAUAUCCACAACAGCUGAUAACAACGUUGGUCUCAGGCUGGCAGUACAACUAUAACACAUUGCUCGCCAAUGAAAUGGUAGAGGGUGCCCCACCAAGAGACACUUAUGGCCUACCACCAAACAAAGAGAAAGAAUAUCCUUAUCCAGGACCAUCUGAGCGGACAUUGCCACCUUCUCAUCAAUAUAUCAUCUUCAAUGCUACGACUCAUGGAUAUCCAGACAGGAGGUACCGACUCGAAAUCCCGAAUGUACAUAUAACCAGCAACGACCCCGGGUUCAUCUACUCGGCCAUCAUCAGGCCUGACUUAGUCCCACCGGUCACUCACUACGAUUCGGGCAGCUGGUGGAAGAGGUUUAUGAAACAGAAUCGGCAGACCAGGCAGGCCAAGGAGACGUUAACCCUCUGCCCAACAAAAACUCACUUCAUCAUGCCGAAAGCUGCGAUUAACAACCAGGGCAACUGGAAAUAUGUCGUGAACUUGGACCAAGAUAGGAGGUUUACCCAACUCGUUGGAAGUGAAACAUGCGCGUCCACUAAGUGCAAUGGAAUAUGCUCCCUUCCAAAUGGCUACACAUCCAAAUGUCAACAGCAUUACGUGCAGAAAAGGUUGAUAGCAUUGGACGAUAAUGGUAAUAGUCUUUAUACGGACUUGUUUUGGCUGCCGCACUGCUGUCUUUGCCAAAUAAGCCCAAGCGGGAGUUAAAUUGAACCCUGUACAAACAAACGUCCAAUGAGCCAGAAUGGUACUUUUUUAUUUCUAUUACCAUGCUGUAUUACACAAACAAUAGUUAUUACACUAAUUGUUUGUCGCUUGAAUCUGACAAUGGGGUCAGACAAAUAACUUAUCAUUCCCUGUGAUUUAUUUUUCUUUUAUUUUUGUACAUUUUACAUUUGUAGUUUUUUUAGACUAUUAGACUUUGACAAUAGCUCUUUUACUUAUUGUUUGCUAUCAAUAUGAAACCAGACGAUGGCCUCUUAUGUGACAGUCACAAAA